UUGUUUUACUAAAUAAAUAAGACAAAUAGCCACUCCUCUUUGAGGGCAAAGAACAUCACUCAUAUGUUCGAGAAAACAUCACUCAUACUUUCAUUUUCAUUACUGUGCCAGUAGAUUUUUUUUUAAAAAAUAUAUGCAUGGUCUUUCUCCUAGCUCACGGUUUUUUGAACUGGCCCUGAGGACCUGAUAGGUCAAGUGAAACUUUUCGUUGAUCUCCCUGAUCAAGUUUGCAGCCGUGUUUGUGUUUUCCUAUUUAACUGAUUAAAAAUAAAAACGAAAUCAGGCUGAGGGAAGUGCUGCUUCGAGGUAACGAGGUGUUCUGUGUAUUGCCUUUGGCGAGAGGAAUCGUGCUUGAAGUGGCGGUGUGGCCAACCAUCAUCCCAAAGUGCCGACGGAGAGUGGCUGAGCCCAGAAAAGGGGAGCCGGUUACUGUUUGGAAAGUCAGUUUGGCUGAUGCUAUUUGACUAAAACUCCCAUCAGAACAGCCAGUGGUGAGGACUUACAGGAAUUACGACCCAACCCUAUCUGAAGUGUGGAGUCUUUCCUGUGUGUCAGAGUUCUGUAGCCAGGUUCCCCACAUAGCUGAUUCUGCAUCUGCUGCCGUCACCCCUGCUUUUUUUCUCCGGUUCCUUCAUGCAAUGAAUGUGUGGCUGCUUUUGUGAUGUACGACCCAGAGUGCAAGGCGGAGGUGACUCCCUCACACGAUGGCCAUCGCACUUUCAGCUACACGCUGGAAGACCACACCAAGCAAGCCUUCAGCAUCAUGAACCAGCUGCGCCUGAACCAGCAGCUUUGCGACGUCACUUUGCGGGUCAUAUACAAAGAUCUUCCCCCAGCCGAAUUCCAGGCCCACAAGGUGGUGCUGGCUUCCUCCAGCCCUGUCUUCAAGGCUAUGUUCACCAUGGGCCUCCGGGAGCAAGGCAUGGAAAUUGUCCCCAUCGAGGGCAUCCACCCUAAAGUCAUGGAGCGCCUCAUUGAGUUUGCCUACACGGCCUCCAUCUCAGUGGGGGAGCAUUGUGUGUUGCACGUCAUGAACGGGGCAGUAAUGUACCAGAUUGACAGUGUGGUCAAAGCCUGCAGUGACUUCCUGGUGCAGCAGCUGGACCCCAGCAAUGCCAUUGGCAUUGCCAACUUUGCCGAGCAGAUUGGCUGCGCCGAACUGCACCAACGGGCACGAGAAUACAUCUACAUGCAUUUUGGGGAGGUGUCCAAACAGGACGAGUUCUUCAACCUCUCCCACUGCCAGCUGGUGACCCUGAUCAGCCGGGAUGAGCUGAACGUGCGCUGCGAGUCGGAGGUCUUCCACGCCUGCAUCAACUGGGUGAAAUACGAUUGUGAGAACCGGCGGCUCUACAUCCAGGCCCUGCUGAAGGCGGUGCGCUGCCACUCGCUCACCCCGCACUUCCUUCAGAUGCAGCUGCAAAAGUGCGAGAUCCUGAAGUCGGACUCCCGCUGCAAGGACUACUUGGUCAAGAUCUUCCAGGACCUCACUUUGCACAAGCCCACCAAGGAUGUGCCCUGCCGGACCCCCAAAGUGGGCCAGCUCAUCUACACGGCCGGGGGCUACUUCCGGCACUCGCUCAGUUACCUGGAGGCCUACAAUCCCUGCGACGGUUCCUGGAUCCGGCUCGCUGAUCUGCAAGUGCCCCGCAGUGGCCUGGCCGGCUGCGUGGUGGGCGGGCUUUUCUACGCCGUGGGCGGGAGGAACAAUUCCCCUGAUGGCAACAUGGACUCAGAUGCUAUUGACUGCUAUAACCCCAUGACCAACCGCUGGACUCCUUGUACUUCGAUGAGUGUGCCCCGGAACCGGAUUGGUGUCGGUGUGAUUGACGGCAUGAUCUACGCCGUGGGCGGCUCUUUUGGGAGCUCCCAUCAUAACAGCGUGGAGAGGUACGAGCCAGAGCGGGACGAAUGGAAGCUAGUGGCGCCCAUGCUCACGCCCCGGAUUGGCGUUGGGGUGGCCGUGCUGAACCGCCUCUUGUACGCGGUGGGAGGCUACGAUGGCAAUUGCCGCCACAACUCGGUGGAGUGCUACUACCCUGAACGGGAUGAAUGGGAGAUGAUUGCCCCGAUGAAAACCAUCCGGAGUGGAGCAGGCGUCUGCGCUCUAAAUAACUGCAUCUAUGCCAUGGGGGGCUACGAUGGCACGGAUCAGCUUAACAGCGUGGAGCGCUAUGAUGUGGAAGCUGGCACCUGGUCCUUUGUCACGCCCAUGAAACACCGCCGGAGUGCACUUGGGGUUACAGUAUACCAGGGCAAGAUCUAUGUGCUGGGCGGCUACGGUGGCCAGACCUUCCUGGAUAGUGUUGAAUGUUACGAUCCCACCACUGACACUUGGACAGAGGUGACCCGUAUGACUUCAGGCCGCAGUGGGGUGGGCGUGGCGAUCACCAUGGAGCCGUGCUGCAAACAGACUGAUGAGCAGAAGUGCCAUUGUUAAGGGCAACAAACAGGAGCCGAGUUUCCCUGAAUGCAGAAGAAGGGAGACAAAUCGGAGAGGAUUCACUGUUAUGAGAUGCCAAGUUCUGUUCUGCCAGAAGUAAGGAAAAGUGCCAAGAACGGGUGAAACGUCAUAACCCAAUUUAAACUAUCUGUAAGGUGAUCUUAAGGGGGAGGAAACAGCUCCUGCAGUGUUUCUUUUUUAUAAUAGUUGGACUGGAUUCAUUGUCACCUCUCCGUGUUGCCCCAGCCUGGCUCUGGGCUUGGGACUGAUGUUUCAACCAAGGAGAUGCAGAAGACGAGGAUUUGAUGCUCACUGCACACUUCUUUUAAGCUCCCUGAGAGUUAAUGGGCCUGCAGGGAGUAGUUUGAACCAGGGAGCCUCUUUUGCAUGGAUGGGGAUCUUGUACAUAAACCAUUCCUGCUCCUUUGAAAUCUGUUGUACAGACAUUUUUGACAAUGAACUUCAAGCUUAGCUCUGAAGUCCUCUUUCUGUGCUCUGAUCGCAUCGGCAGAUUCUUGGGAAAUUUGUCAAGGUGCAGAACCGGAGACAGCUGUGGGAAGGGGAGCUUGUUAUGGCUGCUCUUCUAAAUAAGGAUCUCCAGGUAAGUUACCAUGGAUCACCAUAAACACAACACUUCAGGUGAGCCCUAGCCUAAGCCGCUUUUCAUCUUAGCCCCACGGGAAAGUGCUCACCUGCAUUGGGUUUUUUUUUCUUACAUUGGUGCAACUUUCCAGCAGACAUGCGGGGGAGGAAUCAGAAGAGAACUGAUUUUUGAACUACACGUCUCACACAAAUAAAAUACCUUUUCUGGUUAGUA